AACUGUGUUCACGUGGUAAUGAGUUGUAUCUCAUUAGUAACAAGUGGAAUGUAGUUCAUUGUUUCUAGUGAGAUAAUAAAAGGAAUAUUCUGGGUUCAGUACAAGUUAAGCUCAGUUGACAGCAUUUGUGGCAUAAUGUUGAUUACCACAACAAUUAUUUCAACUCUUUCUUCCUUUUCUUUAAAAAGCAAAAAUUGAGGUUACAGUGAGGCACUUACAAUGGAAGUCAAUGGGGCCAAUUUUUGGAUGGUUUAAAGGGAGAAAUGUGAAGCUUAUAUUUUUAAGAAAUGCUUUUACGUCAUUUCAAGUUUUUAGGGUUUGCGGCGUCAUGGCAACGAAGUUGUAAAACUAAAUAUAGCUUUACACUUUACAGGUUACAUUAGUAAGUUAUUUUAUCACACUAAAAUCAUGUUUACACGCAUAUUGUUUACGUCUUGUGACUUUUGAAACAGUGAGUAUUUUAAUGUUCAAAAAUUGACACCCAUUCACUGCCAUUGUGAGUGUCUCACUGUAACCCAGAUUUUUUAUUUUUUAUUUAAGUAGGGACAAGUCAACAUUAUUUUUUGUGGUACAUCAACAUUAUGCUGUCAAUUAAACUUGUACUGAAACUGGAAUAAUCCUUUAAGUCGUUGAUAUUGAACUACACUGAAACCCAGAUAAAAAGCAAACGUCCAGUGAGCAGAAAUGUGGCAAGCUGUCUACUGUUUUAGUCAGAAAGAUGCUUAAAGGCUAUUUCCAGAAUUAAAGGAAAUGAUUUAUUCUGGUGUACAUUGAAAUGUAAAAGUGCUGAGUUCAAGGAGAGCAAUCACAGUUUUAGUAAUCACAAACCGUUAUUUGAACAUUGUAACAUAACAUUAGAACCAUUAGGAAAUGUCGAGAAGUUCAUAUUAAAAGAACAUCUGCAAAUUGGCCAAAGAACCAACUCCAAUAGAUACAGUACGUGUAAGCUACGACAUGAUAACAAUGAUCAGAAAGGACCAAUAACAUUUGCAAAGCGCGCCAUCUAUUGGCUGUCAGAUGAAACUGAAUUUGCCCUUCUCAUAAACCAGCAUAAAGAAACAAAACAAAUGUAUUAAUUUUGAACAAAUUAAUAACAGACUACGUAUAAAUUGUAUAUAUAAUCAAUUAAAUUCAUAUACAUUAAAAUGUAUAUGUUUUAUGCAAUUUACUGAGGCAGUCAGCAGUCUGACAGGCAUACAAAAAAAAAAAAAGUUUUUAUUCAACCUGCCCAGCCUCAUUCAAAUCUUCAAUAUUUAUUUAUAUUUUUGCUCCGUCAUUAUUAUUAUUAUUAUUAUUAUUAUUAUUAUUAUUAUUAUUGUGUGUGUUCAGCAGCCAAGACAAUUUUUAACCUUCUUAAGUUUUUGGUGAUUCACGUUUUUCAAGCAUAUCGCCCCCUACUGGGCAGAGAGAAUAAUUUCUAGCAAAAAAAGGAAUUAAGGAAUAGUUCACCCAAAAUUUUUAAUUCUCUCAUCAUUUACUCUCCCUCAUGUUAUCCCAGAUGUGUAUGACUUUCUGUCUUCUGCUGAACACAAAUGAAGACUUUUAGAAGAAUAUCUCAAAUCUGUAGGUCCAUACAAUGCAAGUAAAAGGUGGCCAGAACUUUGAAGCUCCAAAAAGCACAUAAAGGAAACAGAAGUAAUCCAUACGUCUCCAGUGGUUAAAUCCAUGUCUUCAGAAAAGAUAUGAUAGGUGUGGUUGAGAAACAGAUCAAUAUUUAAAGGGACAGUUCACCAAAAAAAAAAAAAAAAAAAAAAUUAAAAAAAAUUCUCCCAUCAUUUACUCACCUUUAUGCCAUCCCUGAUGUAUAUGAGUUUCUUUCAUCUGCUGAACUAAAAUGAAGAUUUUUAGAAGUUCUCAGCUCUUUUGGUCCAUACAAUGCAAGUUAAUGGGUGCCAAAAUUUUGAAGCUCCAAAAAUCACACAAGUCAUCAUAAAAGUAAUCCAUAUGACUCCAGUGGUUAAAUCCAUGACUUCUGAAGUGAUUUGAAAGGUGUGGGUGAGAAACAGAUCAAUAUUUAAGUAAUUUUUUUACUAUAAAUUCUCCUCCCUGUUCAGUCAAUCUCCACUUUAACUUUCACUUUAACAUUCUUCUUCUUGUGUUUUUGGUGAUUCAUGGUCUUCAUGUAUAUCGCCCCCUACUGGGCAGGGAGAAUAAUUUCUAGCAAAAAAAAAAAAAAAAAAAGAAAAAAGAAAAAAGACUUAAAGAUUGAUCUGUUUCUCACCCUAUCAUAUUACUUCUGAAGACAUGAAUUAAUACACUGGAGUCGUAUGGGAUGAGGUUGAGUAAAUAAUGAGAGAAUUUGCAUUUUUGGAUGAACUAUCCCUUUAACAGCACCAGGGGCGUCAUGCACCUUUUUUUCUUUUCUUUCUUUCUUUCUUUCUUUCUUUCUUUUUUAAACAUGUGUUGAAGUGUUUGUUUAUGUUUCCAUCAACUCAUCACUACAUGGAAACUCACAGGAAACUAUUAUUAUUAAUAUUGUGUAUACUAGUGUAUAUUAUUAUUAUUAUUAUUAUUAUAUUUACUACACUUAAUUUAUUGUAUAGGUUUGCUACCCACUGUUACCCUGGGACGUAUUUAACAAUAAUUAAUAUUAUAAUUUUUAAUGAUUAAUUGUAAAAUUAUUACUAAUUUUAUAUUUGACUCAAAUAAAUUAUUCAAUUAUUAUUUAACCUAUUUUGUCAUAUGUUUACCUCAGUUUAUUCUCCAUUAUUGAAAAUACCAUCCUGUUCUCUCCAUUAUGUCAAAAUAAGUGUAAUGCACCAAAUGGUGUGGCAUACAUUUCGCACGUUUACAAUGACACUGAAAAACUUUUGAGAGUUUGUUGUUGUUGUUGUUGUUGUUGUUGUUGUUGUUGUUGUUGUUGUUGCUGAAAAGAAUUGAGAGUAUUACAACUAAAGGAUGGCUCAGUAGAGGACGCUGUUUAGAUACUCCACUUCCGAAGUGGGAGGAAGUUCGCCUGGUGUUCAGUGUAAACCUCAGUGUCCAUCACGAUCAAAACAUUGAGCCAUCACAGCUGAGUACCUGCGCUUGAACCGAACAUGAACCGAAAAAGAAACCACAGCUAUAUAGAAACGGGACAGUCCUCGGAGUCCCAAAGCGCGUUUAUGGACAACACAGGACCCUUCAGCCGCGAUGAGGAGGAUUUCUCUGAGCUCGAACCCGACGAGCAGCUAGUGUGUUCGGUGACCGAGAUCACGGAGCAUCUGGGCAGGAACAUCACGGUGGUGCUGGAGUCCGCGCUGUCCGAAAUACGCAAACUGGUCAGCGUCCGGAUCCGCGUACUGAAGAUGGAGCUCCGCGAGAAAACCGACGAGAUCGAGCUGCUCAAGGCCAAACUAGAGUCAACGGAGAAAGACGGAGGAAGAGUCCCAAACUCCAGCAUCCUGGAGUUCAGGAAGUCAGACCACCAACCGUGCCAGAAACACGGCACCGACCCUAAGAGAGCAAAACCCGAGACUCCCGUGGUGAAGAAGGAGAACAUCAACGCGAUCUGCGACUAUCUGAUGAAGGACAAGAACCAGCGUGGUGGUGCUGAAGUGGAGAGCGACCAGAACGAUCAGGCCUUUGGAUCGGAACGGGAUAUGCGGACGGAACCGCACCCGCACGCGCCUCUGAGCCUGUGGUCGGACAGCGCGCACGGAGACACAGACACCGACAUCUUCAACAUGCUGCCGCCCACCAGUAAACGCAUGUAUGACUAUGAGUGGAUGACUGGAGUGGAGCUCAACUCUGAGUUGAAAGGUGAUACGGAAACAAAGUGUGAGAAUGUUCCCAGUGUGGAUGAUGAGGAUGAAAAUGACGACUCUGAAGGAGGAAGAGGAAGUUUAAGAUCUGUGUCUGACCCAAACACUGCCCAUUUUCCUCUGGAAUCUCAGGGUUCUCCACAAGAAGAAAGGAGCAACCCAGCAGAGGACAAUGUAGACAGAAUGGAGCCAGGUCAGCAGUUCUCUGCUCACACUUUCAUUUGCCCUUUCUGUGGAACUCUUUGCCCCGACUCUUCAUUCCUGGAUGAACACGUAAAACUCAUGCACCAUGAUGAGAGCACCCAGGCUCUGCAGUCUCCUCCGGGUGCUUCCUCCUCUCAAACAGAGAGUGACUUGGGUGAUGCGGGGCGAGUUUUGGUAGGCCCAGAAGGACCUGCCGGGAGGGGGGCACGGGAGAAGAAAGUGGAGGGCGGCUAUGAGUGUGGCGACUGUGGCCGUCAUUUCAACUAUUUGGGCAACCUACGGCAGCACCAACGUAUCCACACUGGCGAGAAGCCCUUCGUCUGCUCAGAGUGCGGGGAACGUUUUCGGCAUGCCGCACGUCUCAAGAGCCACCGGCUCAGCCACAGCGGAGCCCAGAGCCCCUUCCCCUGCCCGCAGUGUGGUAAAGGCUUCCCGGUGCUGUCCGGACUUAAACGGCACCAGCGUGUACAUACCGGAGAGAGCCCUUAUGCAUGUCCCCAGUGUGGGCGCAGGUUCAAAGAGCUGGGUAAUUUAUAUACACACAUGCGCAUCCAUAGCGGUGCCACACCCUACUCUUGCUACCAGUGUGGGCGGAGCUUCAGACAUCUUGGCACAUACAAGAGUCAUCGCUGUAUGCCUGCUACCCAGUUACCCAGUGGGCAUAGUUCAGCAUGGGCACAGGAGGACAAAGUGCAGACUGGGUAAUAGCAAAAGGAUAAUGUGACAGAUUUGUUCAUAAAGGGGUUCAUUAUUUCCUCAACUGCUGUUUCAGGAUCAGUUUCAACACGCCAAGAGACAAGCUGAGCUGAAAAGAGGUGCGAGUGGUUUCAUACAGUAAGUGGUCGAAUGGACAGACUCAGACAAGAGACAGGAAGUAUGAAAGGUCUUGGUAUGGUCACCAACCUGUCUGCGGUGCAGAUAUAACAUUUGACAUCAUCAUGACAAUUAAAAAACAGUCAGGUUACAUAAUGAAGCUGUGUGGAUUUACACAUCUUUCUUGUUCAUGUUAGCGUCAUUUUCAACGGUAACUUGCUGCUUGUCAAAUGUUCAUUUUUGAAGCAUUUUUGCAAUAAUAUGCUCUCAUUUUAAGCAUAAAAUGUGUUUGGAUGUCCAUACACAGUAUUUUAAGAUUUCCCUUAAUAAAUAUCAUUCAUUGUGCUUAAACUGUGUUUUUAUUUUAUUUUUUUUAUUUUUUUGUAAAGGAGUCGUUCAGAACUUCUGACAGGGUUCAUAGCAUGUAUCCACAAGGGUAGAUUAAAAGAAGAGAUUACAUCUUACAAAAACAUGGAAUUUAACUAUUUUGAAACAUAAUUAAUGAUAAUAAUGAUGAAUAAAAAAUAAUGUAAAAUGUUUUAACGUAUUAAAUUUGUAAAACUAUUUAAAAAACAUGGCUUCAUAGUGUGAUACUUUACAGAGUCACAAUGGCCGUCUUUUGACAGUGCUUCACCCGUCAAAGUGUAACGAGUGGGUAGAUGACAUGAAACGCUGGCCUGAGGAAAUCAUAAACUACGAGUUGAUAUGAAUGCCAGCAAAUACACAGUUGAGCCCGAACCAGGGACGGUACUAGGAUAAAAUCUUUGCUGGGGCACUUGUAUAUUCAUCAGAAGUUUCUGGCGGGGCUUGAGGCAAAUAUAGGGGGGCAAUGCCAGCCCUUACAAAAAUUUAGAGUUCUUGCAAACUUGCCAGAAUUCUGCCACAAAUUCGACACUCAUUAUUUUCACAUGCAAAACUCUUCAUUGUCGCCAAACGUUUGCUGUUCACCUCUACUGGUGAAGAGAUGCAAACUUUUGGCAAACAUUUCAUUUGCAUACACUGAAAACCCUAAUAAGUUCAUUGAACUCAUUUGAUUGAGUAAACUCAUUCCCUCAAUUCCGUUGAGUAAUGGGGUCUCCCAAAACUUGAGUAUUUAAGUUCAAUUAACUUGGUUUUAAAGUAUAGUGAGCUUAACUAUUUAAGUUAACUACGUGCAAGUAGACUUAACUCAGAUUUGAAUUUAAGUAAUGUUGUUUCUGCUGUUGUACAUUUUAAUUGAAUUGAUUCAAUUUUAGAUCAAACAACAGCACAGCUCAAAUAAAGAUGAUAACUGAUUCUUGGUCAGUUAUUAAAUAAUUAUUUACAGAAAUGCAUAUAUGCACUUCAGCUGCACAUGCACAAAGAGAACUGAAAUAGUGUGACCAGGGUCCAACUUGACCAAAGAGACACAGAUCACCCUAAUGGUGACAUUACACCAAACAACUAUAUGCAACAAAGCAUAAAUAAUACAACAAAAGAGCUAAAACAUCUAUGAGUUCUUAAUAACAAUUAUUUAAAUUCUCCAAUCUGUUCCCUCUGACCAAGGAAACAUAAUUCAAGCAGCAAGGGAUUGUGGGUAUUCCCCAUAGCCUCAAUUUUGUACUCAGUAGUUUGAGUUAUUAACACUUCAAAUCGUAAGUCUAUGGAUUUUUAAGAAAAAUAAGUUCAAUGAACUUAAAUAUUUGAGUUAUGAGUCAAAACCUGACAUUUCAAGUAGUACUUAAUUAAGACAACUUGAUUUUUACAGUAAUGACAACUUUAGGGUUUACAGUAUGAAAAUAAUGAAUGGGAAAUUUGCGGUAAGUUUGUCAGAACGCUAGAUAUUUUUGUAAGGUAGCACCCCUUUAGACCCAGCCAUGGCCUGAACUUAUUUUAACUCCAACUAACACUUGAAAUGGUUGUUGUUCUCCAUCUGGAUCACUCAGUUCAGUAGUUUUUACAUUGCUUCUUAUGGAGACUGGAACCAGAAAACAGUCUAGCGGCAAUCAGAAUCAUCAUGGCGCUGACCAUUAGGUUGGUCAGGAAAGCUGUGUAUAGCAUGUUACUUUCUGGUAUUUUUAUGUACACAAAUCUGAUCAGAGACCGGUAUACUGAAAGAACAUUGUUUCUCUUCAGCAGACUGUCUUUAUCACAAAUCCCUGCAGAAAUGUACGUAUCUGAAAGCAAAAAAAAAAAAAAAAAAUCCUAUUUUUAUCUGAAAGUUUGCUUCAGCAGAAACAUGAUAAUUGUCGUGUUGUUAAGGAUUGUCAACAUUCAACUGAUGCGAUUCCAUUUUCUAUUAGAAAUAAAGUUGAUUGAGCCACUCAGACACAUAGUUUAAAUUGCAUUGCAGACUAAUUUCAAAAAGAUAUUAAAACAUAUUCACAAAAUGUGAUGCUCAUCGUAUCUUACCUCAGUUUUGCAUUAUGCUUUGGAGCCCAUUUAAAGAGGUGCCUAUGAGUGAAAAGUUGAGUGCUGCCAUCAUGUAGAUGAUUUGUGUUAUUGCAUUAAGGUCUUCUCAGUACACUGUUGUCCCCCAACUGGGCUGCAGUCGCUGUAUCUGUAUCAAUUUUCAGUUUGAGUUUAAACAUGCGAUUCACAAUAUUAACACGUUUUUAUUUUAUAUUAGAGAAUUUGUUUGUAUAUGUCUUCUACCUGUAUUUUAAAAACGUAUUUAUAAUGCAUUUGGAAAAUAUAUUGCUGAAUAGAAAAAUAUUGCUCUAAUGGCUUUUCAAAAGAUGUUAAGACUGUUAUAAUUUGGGCAUACAUGACUCUGUAGAGGACCCAAGGAAGCAUACCAAGUUUUGAAAAUACAGACAAUACUUAAUUCAGACAUACAAUUUUUUCUAUGGAGCUGUUCUCAUAAAAUAUCCCAAACAUCAUGAAUAUACGACUGUUAAGGAGCACAGAAGGCUGCAAUAUGUCAAUAACAAAUGGUCUGAGAAAGACAACUGAACUGUUAUAAUAAAUACUCUUAAGUUAUUGUUCCAUUUGUUUAUGUAUUUUUAAGAGCUUAUUGAAAUGUGAUGACACUGUAUGAAGUGAUGUCGCUGUUUUUUUUUUUAUCUUGUCAGAAAUGUCUGUUAUGAUCUGUCACAGUUUAUAUGCUGAUGAAAUGUUUUUGACAGUGUGAAUAUUUUGGUAGCUGUUUGUCCAGUAAUUGUCUCUCAGGUAUGCAUGAGAGAAAGAAGUCGUGACAGAUCUGUUAGGGGAGCAUGUAUGUGAGUGAAUGGAAAACGCAUCUUCCAAGUUGACAUGAGCUAUUUUUCUUUAUUAGAGGGUGACAAGUCCUCAUCAGUAAUCGCUCACCCGCCUUAAUAACACAGUGCCAGCAGAUCUUGUCAUGUCUCCAGUAGAUUGAACAGGCAUGUGUUUGUGUGUGAGACUGAGAGUAUUUUCCAGGAAAUUAUUUUGAGGAAAAACUACAUUUUCACACAGUGCCUCAACAGUAGGUUGCACAAAGUGGGUUUAUUAUUAAAGAUUAAAUAUUACCAAAUAUUAUGAUAAAGAGACUGGAGCGAGUCAUCACAAUUCUAAAGUAAAUAUUACUCAGGGUAUAUUAAAGUCAAUUUCUGUGUUCUGUUUUGGCUACAAAAAAAAAAAAAAAGGAAAAGAAAAUAUUGAACAUUUCAAACGUUAUUGCCCAGGAAAAAAUAUCCUUUAUCAUCCACAUUUUGUGUGUGCCACUGCUUAUUGAUUUGUUCUUA